ACUUCUCUCUGGGCUUGAGAAAGGACGGCCCUACUUCAGGAUGAACCCUCCUUCAGGGCCCAGAACCCAGGAGCCCAGCUGUGUGGCCACCCCAGCUUCACCCAGCAGGUGGGAUGGCUACCAGAGCAGCACUUCCAGCCUGGACCAACCUCUACCCAUCAGUCCCACGGCAGCCAGGGCUCAGGCUGCUGCCUGGAUCCCUUUCCCCACAGUUGAUGUUCCGGGCCAUGCCCACUACACCCUGGGCACAGUGAUCCUGCUGGUGGGGCUCACGGGGAUUCUGGGCAAUCUGAUGGUCAUCUAUACCUUCUGCAGGAGCAGAGGACUCAGGACACCUGCCAACAUGUUCAUUAUCAACCUCGCGGUCAGUGACUUUUUCAUGUCCUUCACCCAGGCCCCUGUCUUCUUCGCCAGCAGCCUCCAUAAGCGGUGGCUCUUCGGGGAGGCAGGCUGCGAGUUCUAUGCCUUCUGUGGGGCUCUCUUUGGCAUCACCUCCAUGAUCACCCUGAUGGCCAUUGCUCUGGACCGCUACCUGGUGAUCACGCACCCACUGGCCACCAUCGGGGUGGUGUCCAAGAGGCGGGCGGCGCUUGUCCUGCUGGGCGUCUGGCUCUAUGCCCUAGCCUGGAGUCUGCCACCCUUCUUUGGCUGGAGCGCCUACGUACCAGAGGGGCUGCUGACCUCCUGCUCCUGGGACUACAUGAGCUUCACGCCAUCAGUUCGAGCCUACACCAUGCUGCUCUUCUGCUUUGUGUUCUUCUUGCCCCUGCUGGUCAUCAUCUACUGCUACAUCUUCAUCUUCAGGGCCAUCCGGGAGACAGGCCAGGCUCUCCAGACCUUCAGGGCCUGCGAGGGCGGUGGUAGGUCCCCCCGGCAACGGCAGCGGCUGCAGAGAGAGUGGAAAAUGGCCAAGAUCGAGCUGCUGGUCAUCCUUCUCUUCGUGCUCUCCUGGGCCCCCUACUCCAUUGUGGCCCUGAUGGCCUUUGCUGGGUACGCGCAUGUGCUGACACCCUACAUGAACUCGGUGCCAGCUGUCAUCGCCAAGGCCUCUGCCAUCCACAACCCCAUCAUUUAUGCCAUCACCCACCCCAAGUACAGAAUGGCCAUUGCCCAGUACCUGCCCUGCCUGGGGGUGCUGCUGGGCGUGUCAGGCCAGCGCACUGGCCCCUAUGCCAGCUACCGCUCUACCCACCGCUCCACACUGAGCAGCCAGGCUUCGGACCUCAGCUGGAUCUCCGGACGGAGACGCCAGGCAUCCCUAGGCUCCGAGAGUGAGGUGGGCUGGAUGGACACGGAGGCGGCAGCUGUGUGGGGGGCUGCCCGGCAAGUGAGUGGACGGUUCCCCUGCAGUCAGGGCCUGGAGGACAUGGAAGCCAAGGCCCCUGUCAGGCCCCAGGGACGGGAAGCAGAGACGCCUGGGCAGACCAAAGGGCUGCUCCCCAGCCAGGACCCUAGGAUGUAGGGUGCCUAUUGGCUCACCUUUUCUUCUGGGACAUAUCCAGCUCCCUCACCUCCCCCUCAUACACACAGACCCAAGAUCACCCCAUGAGCCUUCAGGCUUUGGAAGUGGCCCUGUCACCCAGGCUGUGCUGGAUUCGGGGCCCCACACCCCAAAACACCUGCCCUGCCAUGUGCUCGGCACCCACUUCUCAUCUCAACAGCCUGCACCCCAGGCUCAGCCCAGGCCCUCCUACUUCCCGGAGUCAUCUGCCUCUCCUCAAAUGCUGUGUGCUGUGAUUGUCCAGGGGAUGACAAUGGCGAUGGCUCCGUGGGACACGCCAGCUAAUUGCGAGCUGCCGCUGCACC